UCCCUUUGAGUGUGUUCUGCAGUUAAGUACUGACGUGAUGUAAUGGACGGAACCACGUGAGACUGACGGACCGGUUUACCGAAACACGGUCCGCGGGAAACUGUGUCCGCUCACCGGGUGAGCAGAACUGUUCCAACAACUACAGAACCUGACGAGUCAGCAGAAUUCUGCAGAACCUGUGUGGGCAUUUGGGUCAGCAGAAGUUCUGCCCUGAAGAUGAUUAUUAAAGAGGAUCGAGGAGAGCAACACUCUUCUGCGCAGGUCCUACCACGUGUAGAAAUGGACGAGGAGCCGGAGCGGGCCAAGCGCUGGGAGGGGGGCUACGAGCGGACAUGGGAGGUGCUGAAGGAGGAUGAAUCUGGAUCCCUCAAAGCCACCGUGGAGGAGAUCCUGUUCCAGAGCAAAAGGAGGAGGGUCAUAGAGAGUCAUGGACAGGUCCGGCUCGGCAUGAUGCGUCACCUCUUCGUGGUGGUCGACUGCUCCCGGAGCAUGGAGGACCAAGACCUGAAGCCCAACCGCCUCACAUCCACCCUGAAGCUGCUGGAAGGAUUUGUGGACGAGUACUUUGACCAGAACCCCAUCAGUCAGGUCGGGGUCAUCACCACCAAGAACAAACGGGCCGAGAAGCUGACGGAUCUCGCAGGAAAUCCAAAGAAGCACAUCUCUGCUCUGAAGAAGGCCGUGGACUCGGCGUGCGUCGGCGAGCCGUCGCUCUACAACGCUCUUAGCCUGGCCGUGCAAACGCUCAAGCACAUGCCGGGACACACGAGCCGAGAGGUCCUGAUCAUCCUCAGCAGCCUGACCACCUGUGACCCGGCAAACAUCUACGAUCUCGUCAAAACCCUGAAGUGUCUAAAGGUGCGGGUGUCUGUGAUCGGGCUGUCGGCGGAGGUCCGGGUCUGCACGGUUCUGACCCGGGAGACGGGCGGCUCGUACCACGUCAUCCUGGACGAGAGCCACUUCAAGGAGCUGCUGAUGCUGCACGUGAAGCCGCCGCCGGCCAGCUCGUCCUCCGAGUGCUCGCUGAUCCGGAUGGGGUUCCCUCAGCACGCCGUCGCCUCGGCGAUGGAGCGGGACGCCCGGCCGUCCUUCAGCAUGUCCCAUCUGGACAGCGGCGCCGGACCCGGUCUGUCUCUGGGGGGGUACUUCUGCCCGCAGUGCCACGCCAAGUACUCGGAGCUCCCUGUGGAGUGUAAAGUGUGCGGUCUGACCCUGGUGUCCGCCCCUCACCUGGCCCGCUCCUUCCAUCACCUGUUCCCCCUGCAGCCGUUCGUGGAGAGUCCGGUGGAGGAGCUGCAGGGCAGCAGGUUCUGUGAAGCCUGUCAAGGAGAGCUGAAGGAUAAAAGUGCGUUCGUCUGCCCCUCGUGCCGCAGCGUGUUCUGUGUGGAGUGUGACCUCUUCAUCCACGACUCUCUGCACUGCUGCCCCUGCUGCAUCCACAGCCGGGCCGCUCUGUGACUCUGGACUGGCACCAGGAUCGUCUGCAUCGCUUCUGAACGGACCUGCGACACACAGCUACACUCCAGCCCAAACUCCUGGUUCAGGGGGAUGCAGCUAAAGACGGGCCGGGUCAGGACCAGGGAACUGAAUCAGACACAGAAGUGUUGGGAAGCACAGCCGGGCCUUCAUGGGUCUACUGACUGUUCAUACAUGGAAACUGCUCUCUGACAAGGUUCUGGAGGCAGCUCAGGUGAUGAGUUUGGGUCAGCAGAAACAGGUGGUAUGAGGGUAAAGGUUCUGAUGAAGUCAGUCUGAGCAGUAUUCAGGGUCCUCAGAACCGUCGAUCACACCAGAAAUGUUCUGGAUAGGUUUAGUGUUUGUGGGUCAGAGUUCUGGUUCUGAACACCUUGUUUCUUGGUAAACUCCUAUUUACAGAGAAGACUCCCCGUCCGACAGUUUUGUCUGGAUCCCGCGGGGUUCUUGGUUCUACAGAACGCAGGACGUUCUGUUCAGAUCCAAACAAGACACCAAUAAAACAUGGAGAACUUUAGAAAAGUCCAAAGUUCAGAACAAAUAAAGUCUUAAAGUCGGACAUUUUUGGUCAUAAAAGGAAUUUUGGCGUCUCUGUGUUUCGUAAUAACUUUCAUUUUCAACGUUUGCUGGAUCAAGACGCUUCACAAAUGACGGAUAUGAGAUGUUCAAUAAAACGAGUCAGAACCUAAUUCGGAUCAAAA